GUCGCCAUUUCCCUAAACGCCCAAAGCAUAUGCUUAUAGUAGAAGCAAAGUUUGAUGGAGAACAGUUGGCUACUGAUCCUGUGGACCACACUAACCAGCCAGAAUUUGCCACUGAGUUAGCCUGGGAAAUUGAUAGGAAAGCACUUCAUCAGCACAGACUACAGCGUACUCCUAUCAAACUCCAGUGUUUUGCCUUGGAUCCUGUAUCUUCAGCCAAGGAAACUGUAGGUUACAUUGUUUUGGACUUGAGAAGUGCCCAAGAAACAAAGCAGGCACCAAAGUGGUACCAGUUGCUGAGUAACAAAUACACCAAGUUCAAGUCUGAAAUACAGAUAAGCAUCACCUUGGAAACAGAUACAAAGGCCCCAGUGGAUAGUUUUAAAGCAAAGGGAGCCCCGCCUCGAGAUGGAAAAGUACCUGCCAGCCUGCCUGGACUUGACCCAAAGGACAUUGUAGCAGUGCUAAAUGAGGAAGGAGGCUAUCAUCAGAUUGGACCAGCAGAGUAUUGUACUGACUCCUUCAUUAUGUCAGUGACCAUAGCAUUUGCCACCCAAUUGGAGCAGUUAAUUCCAUGUACCAUGAAGCUUCCAGAACGACAGCCUGAAUUUUUCUUUUACUACUCUUUACUGGGAAAUGAUGUUACAAAUGAACCCUUCAAUGAUUUAAUCAACCCAAACUUUGAGCCAGAGAGAGCAUCUGUUCGCAUACGUAGCAGUGUAGAAAUCCUUCGUGUAUACCUGGCUCUGCAGCCUAAACUACAGAUCCAUCUGUGCUGUGGAGACCAGUCACUUGGUAGUACAGAAAUACCUUUAAAUGGCCUACUGCAAAAGGGCAGUACAGAAAUCAACCAGCACCCACUCACAGUUGAGGGUGCUUUUAUCCUUGACCCUCCAAACCGAGCCAAACAAAAGCUCGCUCCUGUUCCUCUAGAGCUAGCGCCAACUGUGGGAGUGUCUGUGGCUCUGCAGAGAGAAGGCAUCGACUGCCAGUCUUUAAUUGAAUUAAAGACCCAGAAUGGGCAUGAGCCAGAGCUUUCAAAGAAGAGUGUUUUAACCCCCGUAAAAGAGAAGACACUUACUGGUCCCAGAUCACCAAGCAUGUCCCCUGCAGCACCUCACAACCAGACAUCUCCAGCCAAAGAUGGUGCCACAGAAAGUGAAGUCGAAAGCUUGCAGUACGACAAGGAUGCAAAGUCACAUGUAAAGGGCACUAGUUCUUCUAUACCUGCUUCACUGGCCCAGCCAGUUACCACAUCCAAUGCUUCAGAAACGGCUUCAGCACAGAAGAUUGCUGUUCCCGCAACAUCACAUCAUUUUUGCUUUUCAAUAGACUUAAGGAGCAUCCAUGGCUUAGAACUUGGUUUUCCGGUCAACUGUAUAUUAAGGUAUUCUUACCCGUUUUUUGGAAGUGCAGCUCCUAUUAUGACGAAUCCUCCUGUAGAAGUUCGGAAAAACAUGGAAGUUUUUCUCCCCCAAUCUUACUGUGCUUUUGAUUUUGCAACUCUGCCUCAUCAGCUGCAAGAUACCUUCUUAAGAAUUCCUUUGCUGGUUGAAUUAUGGCAUAAGGACAAAAUGAGUAAAGAUUUGCUCCUGGGGAUCGCAAGAAUCCAGCUUUCUAACAUCUUGUCUUCAGAAAAAACUCGUUUUUUAGGCUCUAAUGGGGAACAGUGUUGGCGUCAGACUUACAGUGAAAGUGUGCCUGUUAUUGCAGCACAAGGGUCAAAUAAUAGGAUAAUAGAUCUUUCUUACACAGUGACCCUAGAAGAUUAUGGACUGGUAAAAAUGCGUGAGAUUUUUGUCUCUGAUUCAUCUCAGGGUUUAUCUACAGUACAACAGAAGCCAUCUUCUCUUCCUCCAGCACCUUGUCCUUCAGAGAUCCAAGCAGAACCUCGGGAAACCUUAGAGUACAAAGCAGCGCUUGAGCUAGAAAUGUGGAAGGAAAUGCAGGAAGACAUUUUUGAAAAUCAGCUAAAGCAAAAAGAAUUGGCUCAUAUGCAAGCUCUGGCAGAAGAAUGGAAAAAAAGGGACCGAGAAAGAGAAUCACUAGUAAAGAAAAAGGUGGCUGAAUAUAGUAUUCUGGAAGGAAAACUCCAGAAAACCCUAAUUGACUUAGAGAAGCGAGAACAGCAGCUUGCCAGUGCAGAAUCAGAGCUUCAAAGAGAGAAGAAGGAGUUGCAGUCGGAACGUGAACGGAACCUGAAGGAGCUGCAGGACUCCAUCCGUAGGGUCAAAGAAGACUGUGUUCACCAAAUAGAGCUGGAAAGGUUAAAGACCAGGCAGCUGGAAGAAGAUAAACACCGACUUCAGCAGCAGCUUAAUGACGCUGAAAAUAAGUGUAAAACUUUGGAAAAAGAGUUCCAACAGUUCAAGGAUCAGCAAAGCAACAAACCAGAAAUCCGCCUACAGUCUGAAAUAAAUCUUCUCACCUUAGAAAAGGUUGAACUUGAAAGAAAGUUGGAAUCUGCAACUAAGUCUAAACUGCAUUACAAGCAGCAAUGGGGACGAGCUUUGAAGGAGCUUGCCAGACUUAAACAGAGAGAACAAGAAAGUCAAAUGGCCCGUCUUAAAAAGCAGCAGGAGGAAUUGGAGCAGAUGAGACUGCGUUACCUGGCUGCGGAGGAGAAAGAUACAGUAAAAACUGAGCAACAAGAACUGUUGGAUAUAAGAAAUGAGUUAAACAGGUUAAGGCAGCAGGACCAGAAACAGUACCAGGAUUCCAGGGAAAUUUCCAGUGGGAAAAUGGAUGGCCUGCAUGGCUCGGCAUUGGAAGAAGGCUUGGGUGACUAUUUGACUCGGUUAAUAGAGGAAAGGGAUACUUUGAUGAGAACGGGUGUGUAUAAUCAUGAAGAUCGAAUAAUAAGUGAACUCGACCGACAGAUCAGAGAAGUUUUGGCUAAAAACAGUGCCAGUAAUUAAUGUUUGGAAGAUCUUUACAGAGACUUCGGGUUUAAAUUUUAAUUUUAUUGUAAAACUCAAAAAUGGAGAAAAUGGGUAUUUUUAAAUGCUAUUUUCAAUUUUUUAUAAGCAGAAUUUUGUAUGUCACUGUAUAGUAUUUAUUUGAUUUUAUUUACUUUAUGCUACCUUUCUUAUGCUGGUUUUAUUCCUAAUUACAUUUUAUAUACCCAUUCUAAAAUUUCAGUGUUUGUCAGUUUUUAAUCUGAUGGCUGACUUUUAUAAAGCUUUCUACUAAGUUUGUUCUAGGAGAAAUGACUGCAGUAAUUCCUAGUUAUAUAAUUUUUCAUAUUGAGCCAAAAGGAUAUGUUGCAUUUUAAUAAUAUUGUGUCUUGUUCCUUUUGAGUGUAAAUAUCUUAAAAAUUGAAACUAACUACAAAUGUAGCAGGUUUAUUUAACUCAGAUGACUUUUUCCCUUAAUUUAUAAUUAUUUGCAAGGGACAAGUUUGAAAACAAAGUAGUAUCAAUGUGGAGACACCAUAUGACAUAUUGAGUGACAACUUAAUCAUUUGCUUAAAGUUAAUACAUAUUAAACUUGUUUUAAGAACUAUUGAAUUUUAAAAUUUUCAGUAUAUUCUUGACUUCUGAAAACAUGAAUUAUUUGCUUCACAUGGUUCUUUUCCAUCAGUUGCCUGCUCAAUACUACAUUGUCUUCUUUUGUUAAAAUUAGAGAUUUCCUUUUAUUUUCGUCAUUGAAAAACUAGCUGUGAAGCCCCCUGUAAUAUGAUAUGAAAACAGACACAAAGGAUUUAGCUGGAAAGAAAAGAAUGAAACAGUUAUUUUUUACUCCAGGUUUAAUCAGCCUGUUUCAGAAGUACAUGAGAUCAGGUCGUGGGCUUGUGUAGUGCUGUUCUGUAUAAGCCUUAAAGAGUUCUCCACACCCUGUUACACAGAGCAGCACUUUACACACACACACCCUCCAUAUGGCACUGGAAAAGAUUAUUAGCACAUUCAUGAAUUAAGUUGGGUUUUAAAAUAUAACGGUUUAAAAAUAUGACUCCCAAAUGUAAGUAUAUACUUUAGGAAGUAUAUUCUAAGUAUCAGUAACUUCCAUAAAAGCAGAAUAGGUUACUCAGUAACAUUAAUGUUCUGUUAUAUUCAACAAAGUGUAUUUCUUAUUUGGGAAAUUGAAGUCCCUAAUUAUAUGUUUUCCCUUUAUUAACAAAGUAUUAAUCCUCAAAAAGAAAACAAAAACAAAAUAGUAAAUAACAGAGAAAGUAAAUAACUGAAACCAGUAAAUAACUGCAGGAGAGAGUAAUGAGUCAGUUAAUCAUAGCAGGAAUUUGAAAUAUUAAUUAUGGUGGUUUUUCGCUCAUUGAUUUUUAUGCCACACAAAUGGAACAAAAGUAUUCUUUCUGAUUUGGAAGGUCUCUACUAUAACCUUCAUUAGCAUUGUGUGAUGCCUAUAGCUUUUCAAACACUAGAGGGGGCCUUAGACUUAAAGAAAUAAGGAAAGCUUUUCCAAAAUGUAUGUGUGGUUUACUUUGCAUUCUAUAAAGCAGUCUUUUGGCUUUUGCAGUGUAACAAAUAAAAUAUUUGUAUACAUCUUUGA